CAUUUCGCAUUUCUCUCCACCCCCCCGAUCAGCGCGAACACGACUUUCUUCCCUUCUUGACCCCCAAUCAGUGGCUAUCCCCGUCUUCUGCGCGAACGAUAUUACCCAUCAUUCUCACUCGCGAUCACUUCAAUUGCGCCCGCGCACGCCACCAAAACAUUCGCUGUUCUUUACUGAAUCCAGCGACCGCGACAAGCACCAGCCACGAUACCUUCGCACGUACACGAUCCAGGGAUCGAGCUUAUUCACCAUGAGUCCUGUGGCGCGCACCCUUCCCGCCAAGGCGAACCCUCUGAUGACCGACGCGGAACAUCAGGUUCCUUACACGGAGCUGGUCUCGCGUCGCCGCCUCGGCCGCACCAAGCUGACCUCUAAGAUGGUGGACGCCAACGAGGACGGCGACUGGUCGAACACUCUCGGGGCCGCGUUCGACUACGCGCACUUGCGCGCACCUCUGCCCAAGGGCAUCGUUUCUGGCAUCUUCAAGUCGAGCCCGAACAGCUACUUCCUGAUGCGUCGAAGCGCUGACGGUUACGUGUCCGCUACCGGGAUGUUCAAGGCUACGUUCCCCUACGCGGAGGUUGCAGACGAGGAAGCGGAGCGCAAAUACAUCAAGUCGCUGCCUACCACCAGCCCAGAGGAAACAGCCGGGAACAUUUGGAUCCCAGAGGAGCAUGCCCUUGAGCUGGCGGCGGAGUACAACAUCACCCCCUGGAUCCAGGCUCUCCUGGACAACACCCCCAUCACUACCGCUGGCAGCAACGGCGAGUCGCCGGCGAAGAUGGCCAUGCCGCCUCGAUUCGAGUCAUCCAAGCCGGCACUCGUGCCUCCCACUCCUAGCAGGUCUUCGAGGUCGCGUCGCUCCGUGAGCCCCACCAAGAGCGUAUCGAAGCGCUCGACUGCGUCCCCGCGCAAGCGUAGCACAAAGGCCAAGGCCCAGAUCAUCGAAGUCUCUAAGGACGAAGACGAUGAGAGCAAGGUCAAUGGCAGCGACGUUGUGCUAAAGACGACCGAAUUCGAACCUCAAAUCGUGCUCGAGCCCCGCGAGGAGGACCCUAAGGUUUCGGUCGAAGUUAAGGAAGAGAUCGCCAAGGGUCGCAAGGGUGCCGAAUCUAAGGUUAUCACCACCGAAGUUGAUAUCCCCUUGCCGAAUGUUGGCAAGCCGCCAAGCGCGGAAGAGAUUGCCGAUAUGAUCAACUCGGCUAAGGAGAUGGUUCAAGCGCAUAAGGAGCCCGCCGACGAGGCGCCGACGGAGGAGUCCGAAGAGAAGACGUCGAGCAAGAAGAGCAAGCGCAAGGCGCAAGAUAUCUCCCUAGGCGACAAGGAGGACGAGAAGAAGGACGCAGAGGAGCUGGCUAUUGAGCCGCGGUCGAAGAAGGCCAAGACGGCCACCGAGUUGAAAGCAGAGAAGGCCAAGAACCGCGCCCUCCUGGGUAUUGCUGGUACUCUGAUGGUUGGCGCCGUGGUACCAUGGCUCACCAAUUUCCUAUAAUAUAAUAUCGACGUGUAAUAUUCGGAGGAGGAGCUUAUUUCAAAAGGAGCUUGGGACGGCGCGGCUUGGCUUUAUCUUGUUUCACCGACACUGCACGGAUCACAUUGGACUUUAUGUUCAUCAUGGUUCACCCCUUUUCUCGCAUCAAUGACUUCACAUUGUAUUUGGACAACAUACCCCCUUUCUGUUUUUCUCCUCGUUUUUCUCCCUGGUGGGCUGGCAUCAGAACAGCUGUAGAGAACUGUGCGUUGGUCCUGAUUUUUCUUCUUUUGUCACGGUAACCUUCAUCUACACUACAUUCCCAAAAUCGAUUCAUACCAGGGCCGCUUCGACUGAGAAGAGGCAGGGCUCAGGAAUUGGAGUCUUCCGGCAUGGAAUCAGGCGUCAACGGCCGUAUCAUAGUUCUGAAACGCAGCUGAAUGACACAUUUACCACUGAUCACAGAUGC